AUGUGUCACUUUGAAUUUGAGAAGUCGCGGCUGAUGAAUGGACUUUUUUCUCUGGACAUCGAGAAAUGGAAUCUGGAGUGUUUGUUCAACAACACCGACCAUCGCACUGACCUCAAUGGAGUUGAUCAACUCAUAGUGAGGAGAGGCCAGCCAUUCUCCAUCAGUCUCUAUCUUCGGUCUGGAAGCUACCAGCCAGGGAUCAGCUCUCUUGACUUCAUUGCAGAAACAGGUCCUCAGCCCUCUGAGCAGUAUGGUACCAGGGCCCGUUUUGGUGUCUCUCCUAAUAUUGACACUUCUACCUGGAGUGCCGCAGUAACCAGCCCUCCUGGGAAUACGGUGGCCCUCUCUAUCUGCUCUUCUCCCAAAGCUCCUAUUGGCCGCUACACUCUUACCCUGGGCCAGUCAGGGAAGAUUGAGUUCAUUCUUCUGUUUAAUCCCUGGUGUCCAGCGGAUGAGGUGUAUAUGGACAAUGAGCAGAACCUGGCCGAGUAUGUUCUUUCUCAGGAUGGGAUCAUCUUUCGAGGCAGCAGCAAACACCCCAUACCCACUCCCUGGAAUUUUGGCCAGUUUGAAAGUGGAAUCCUGGAUAUUUGUCUUAGGAUUCUGGAUAUGAAUCCUAAAUGCCUGCGUAAUCCUGGAAAAGACCAUUCAGGGAGAAGAAAUCCCAUCUAUGUAACCCGAGUACUGAGUGCAAUGGUAAAUUGUAAUGACGACAAAGGGGUGUUGCUGGGGAAAUGGUCUGACGGAUAUGAAGGAGGGGUCAGUCCUUUGUUUUGGCGUGGCAGUGUGGAGAUUCUGCGAAACUGGGACACUCAAGCCUGUCAGCCCGUUCGCUACGGACAGUGCUGGGUGUUUGCUGCUGUGGCCUGUUCGGUUUCCAGAGCACUGGGCAUUCCCUGUCGAGUCAUAACCAACUUUCUGUCUGCCCAUGACACCAACAGCAACCUGGUGAUUGAACGUUACGUCAAUGAGAAAGGGGAUUCCAUUCAAUCUAGAGAAAUGAUUUGGAAUUACCAUUGCUGGGUGGAAAGUUGGAUGACUAGGCCAGACCUCAAACCUGGCUUUGAUGGCUGGCAGGCUAGUGACCCCACUCCUCAGGAAAAGAGUGAAGGAGUGUAUUGCUGCGGCCCCAUCCCUGUCAAGGCCAUCAAGGAGGGGGAGCUUACCUUCAAGUACGACGCCCCUUUUGUUUUUGCUGAGGUCAAUGCUGAUAUUGUCACACUCAUGAAGAAAAAGGAUGGUAGCACUUCAGAGGUCACCACCACUGGAUUGGUGGGCCAGAAGAUCAGCACCAAGAGUGUUGGCAGUGACACCAGAGAGGACAUCACUCACCUCUACAAGUACCCUGAAGGUACCGAAA